GGGGGGUGUAUAUGUUGAGAUGAAUGGUACUGAUCGUGAGGCUGCAGAUACAGCUGUGGAAAGACCUCGGGCUAGUAAACUACCAGCUCACCUCAAGUUUCAACGCAAUUGCACUAUGUCCGAACUGCCAUUGUCAGUUUGACUGUGGGCUAGACCCUGGCCUUGUAUUUAUACCGACCGACCUAGCGUACUUUCUUGAUUUCGAGGUUAAGGAUCAGGAGCGGCGACGCCAGGCCGCAGCCCUUGGGGAGGUGCUCCAGCGCCAAGUCCCCAGCGCCGAAACAUAUCGACUUCAUCAAAUCACCCAAGGCAAGGUCGCCGCCAAUGCUAUCGGCGGGCUCUAUCAGCCCGUGGUCCUUAAGACAUAUAUAAUGAUUGGGUCUCCCUUUGAUGUGACGCAGUUUCUUCAGCGGCCACGUCAGUGGCAUGGGGCUCCAUUAGCCUGUCUUCGCCGAGGUUUCCUGAUUCUAGGAGGUGGACGCCUUGGAGCGCUCAGUCGUGAGCAGCGACUGGAUCUACAGCGUCUUCGAGACCUCUACUUUCUAAGCGACAAGGAAGGUUCGGUCGACGAGACCAGAAGGCGGGCGCACCCCCAGACUGCGACGGCAGAAGAGGAGGGGUCGGAGCAAGCAGAGCGACAGCCCAAACGCCAGGACCGUGGCCUCGAUGAGCACGACCAAGGGCAGCAGCCGCCGUUUUGGGAGCUUGGGCCUGAAGUUACGGCCGAAGAUGCGAUUCGCCGCUUUGGGCCCCUUAUCACCUAAUCACCGAUGAUUUUCAAUGGGAUUUGGGGGGGUUAUUUGGUGUUCUUUGGUGUUGUUAGAUCUUCUUCUGUCGGUGUUUCUGGGUCUCUUUUGUUGUGCUGGCUAUACCUAUCGUAGUCCCUGUACUUGAACCUGACCCGGUCUGCCAGUUGGUGACUCACAUCUCCUCGUACAAGGGAUCUCCCUCGGCCUUGACAGGGUCCUUAGCUCACUAGCUGACUGAUAUAGUAUUGAGUUGAGACAAUGAACAAGUGAGACAUUGGAACGAUCUAGCCAAAGUACCG